AGUAGGCCAUUCCAGCCUUUUGAACAAUACUGCCCCAGACAACCCCUCAACAACCCUGAUUAACCCUAACCUAAUCAUGGGACAAUGUGCAAUGUGCAAUUAACCUACCCGGUACUGUACGCCUUUGGACUAAGGGAGGAAAUAUGAGCAUCCAGAGGAAACCCACGCAUUCCACAGGGAAGGAUGUACAGAGGCUCCUUAAAGACCGGCUUUGGAAUUGAAUCCCAUAAGAUAUAGGAGCAGAAUUAGGCCAUUCAGCCCAGCAAGCCUGUUCUGUGAACUCCCUGAGCUGUAAUAGCAUCAUACUGACUACUGUGACUAUAAUGAGAGAGAUUAACUCUUGGCUAGAUUGAAAGGUCUAGAAAGAAUGGAUGUGGAUAAGUUGUUUCCUAGAGCCUAAAACCAGAGGGCUCAUCCUCAGAAUAGAGGGACGUCCAUUUAGAACAGAGGUGAGUAAUUUCUAUACUGUAUCUCUAAGACAUAGGAGCAGAAUUUGGUGACACAGCCCAUUGAGUCUGCACAACCAUUCCAUCACAACUAAUUUAUUAUCCCUCUCAAUCCUAUUCUCCUGUCUUCUCCCCUUAACCUUUGGCACCCUUACUAAUCAAGAACCUAUCCACCUCUGCUUUAAAUAUACUCAAUGACUUGAUCUCCACAGCUGCCUGUGGCAAUGAAUUCCACAGAUUCACUACCCUCCAGCUAAACAAAUUCCUCCUCAUCUUUGUUCUAAAUGGACAUUCUUGAAUACUGAGUCUGUACCCUCUGGUCACGUUGUUUAUUUAGUGAUGCACAGUGGAGAGGGCCCUUUGAGCAAAGGAAACAAUCUGUCCACGUCCACUCAUCUAGGCUUUUCAAUAUCCAAUACUAUAUUCAAUAUACCGGGAGUUCCCAAUCUUUUUUUAUGCCAUGGACCAAUACCAUAAGGAAGGGGUCUGGCAGUUCCUGAACAGACAGUUGCUGUGGGUUUGGAAGAAUGAGAUCUUUCUUAUUCUUCUAAAUCUGUGGAAUUCAUUGCCACAGCAUCUGUCUAUUAGAAGCUGCACAGUCAAAAUAAAUUCUGAGGGAACAUUUGGAAGGAUGCCUGGUGAAAUUUCACAGAAAAGUCAUUAAAAUGAAGAGUCACUGAACGAAAUCAUUACUAAAUUAGGAAUGUCUGCAAGCCCAGUGUAAGUAAUAGCAUCUUCACCCCAAGGUGAAGAUUGCACCACUUACAAACCAUUUCUUCAGUUAUGUAUUCCAAAUUAAUUGAUUCAGAGAGGAGUUUUGACCUGGAACUUAAUAUAGAUUGUUACUUGCUAAUACAUUCAUUUUCCUCGCUGCGGAGUGCUUUGUGAGUUGGGUCACAGAAUGAUUUCCAUUCGGGGUCAAGUACAGUUGAAACUUCUGGAUCAGGAUUACUCCUGGGAAGCUGCAGCUGCUUAAAGAUGAUUUCUUUUUUAUCACGUCGACUGAAACCUUGAGACAUACAGUGAAAUGCGUUGUUUGCAUCAGUGACCAGUGCAGUCUGAGGAUGUGCUGGGGGCUGCUCAAGUGUCACCAACAUAGCAUGCUCACAGUUUACUAAUCUGAAUCCUAAUUAGUGCAUCUUUGGAAUGAGGGAGGAAACUGGAAUGUUCAGAGGAGACCACGUGGUCACUGGGGGAACGUGCAAACUCCUGUCUGUCAGCGGAGGGAAUCGAGCCCAGAUUCGUGGUCACUUGCGCUCUGAAGCACUGUCCUGUCACUGCGCAACUCUAUAAGAGAGGAAAGCCUUUGUGUCCUCUUCCCCAGGCAGGAAGCCCCCGUGGCUUCCAGCACUGUGAGCCAUGUUCACAGAUUAGAUUUAUUUGCACAUCGCCACAUACAGUAAAGUGCAUCUCCUCCAGAAGUCAGUACCCACACUGGUGCAGUACUUCAGCUUAUGUUGUACAAAAUCAAAGUAAAUCUGUUAUCAAAGUACAUAUCCGUCACCACAGCAUUGAUUUUCUUGCAGGCAUUUACAGGAAAAUAAAGCUGUGAGAAAACUGUACAUAAAAAUUGGCAAACAACAAAUGUGCAAAAGGAGACAUUGUGCAAAUAAAAUAUUGGAAUAAUACUGAGCACAUGAGUUGUAGCAUCCCUGAAAGUGAAUCUGCAGGUUGUGGAAUGAGUUCGGUGUCGAGGUGAGUGAAGUUAUCUCCUCUGGUUUAGUGGGAUCCGAGGCUGCUGUACCUCUUGCCUGAUGAUAACAGUGUGGAGAGAGCAAGACCUAGAUCCCUGAAGAUGGACUGAAUCAAGAUUCAAAGUACGUUUAUUAUUAAAGUACAUAUGUAGAAAACAACCCUGAGAUUCACCUUCCCACAGACAACCACAAAACAAAGAAAAACAUCAAACACUCCCCCCCCCAACGUGCGACAAAAAAAAGAUCAAACAUCAAAAAAGACGAGCGAAAAACCAAGAAUAUAAUACAUCAAGCCACAAAAUCACUGAACGGUCCAGUAAUGUUCAGUUCAGUCCAGCGAGGUGUCAUUUAUUGACUGCAGGCCGCAGAGCCAGUCUGCCCCAAUUAAAUAUUGCUCAGUAUAGAAACAAACAGGAGCGACCAGAAGCCAGAGCCACAAUACAGUGUGAACUGUGGAGUCCAAACCACAAACCACGUUGAUUAGACCUUGCCCAAGUGCCAGGACUCCUGCUACAUUGACAUGAGGGAGAGAGACCAUUCAAGUGCGUCCUUUGGGGGCAGUGGAGAGAGAGACCAUCAGGUCAGCACUGAACACCCUCUCGUCCUCUUUGAUUUCAAUCAUCCUCAAUGUUUUAAUCAGCAAAAUCGGCGAGAAAUGGAGUUGGUUAUGGUCUGCAGGCUCCUUGGCCUUUAGGUCACACACUUCACAGGAAACGUCAGCAAGGCACCAGAUCACUUGGUUGGCCCGAAAACAUACCAUCAAAAUAUAUGUAGAUCGCACCCUCCAAUUUUAGCAGAAUCAUAUUUGAAAGAAGUACUGAAAGUAGUAGUUUUGUUGGCUUGGAUUAUGGGCUUGAAGUAACUCAUGGACACAUGGUUUUGUCUUCUGCAUUUCGAUUUUUGUUUAUUGUUGCAGUGAAGAACUUUGAGUUGAAGGGGGCAAUGUGACUUUGAUUAAUUUCAUUAACGGUCUAAUCCAAGGAUGGAUAAAUGUGCUCAGUUACCUUAUAGCCACACACACAAAAUGCAGGAGGAGCUCAGAAGGUCAGGUAGCAUCUAUGGAAAUGAAGAAACGGUUAACAUUUCGGGCUGAGACCCUGCCCCACAACUGGAAAGAGGCCAGAAUAAAAAGGUGGUGGGGAGGGAAGAUAAAGGGCCAGAGAGGAAGGAAUCUGAUAGGAGAAGACCAAUGGAGAAAGGGAAGGAUGAAGGGACUCGGGGAGGUGACAGGCAGGUGAGAGGAGAUAAGUGGCCAGGGUGGGGAAGAGAGGAGGGUGAGAGGUAUUUUUUUUUACCAGAAGGACAUGUCCUUGGAGAGGGAGGAGGCCUUUUGGCCCAUCUUGUGUAUGCCAGCACACAGGAUAGAAAUCCUAUCUGCCUCAUUUUCCCCUUGCUUUCCAGUAGCCUCUGCAGCUUAUUCCUUACACAUUCAUCAACUUUCCUUUGAGUGUAUCGCUGUUCAUCCACAUAGUUAAUUGCAAGCAGCAUGACAAAUAGCCAAGAGUGGAGGGAAAGGUGUCUCGUGUUCUGGUCUUCAGUCAAGGCGCUGAGUACAGGAGCUUGGGCAUUUUGUUACAACUGCAUAAAUUGUUGGCGAGGCUACACUUGGCAGUCAUGUGCAAAGUUUCCUCACCCUGAAGAGGAAAUUAGAAAGAGUGCGGAGAAGGUUUGCAAGGGUCACGAGGAUUUUAUCUUCUGCCCCCUUCAUUUCAGUUGAAGAAGGGUCUUGGCCCGAGAGGUUGACUGUUUAUUCAUUUCCAUAGACGCUGCCUGGCCUGCUGAGUUCCUCCAGCAUUUUGUGUGUGUUGCUUUGGAUUUCCAGCAUCUGCAGAAUCUCUUGUGUUUUAAGAUUUACGAAGAUUUUGCCAGGACAAGAGGGAGAGUUUGACCAGGCUUGAUCCUUAUUCUUUGGGACAUUGAAGAAUGAGAGGUGACUUUAGAAGUGUUUGAAAUGAAAGGCUAGAAUAAGUUGAAAGGCAGGUAAGGAGGAUAACAACUUUUCCCCAGGAUAAGUGAGGGGCUGAGGUUUAGAGUGAGAUAAGAAAGAUUUACAAGGACCUGAGGGGCAGCUUUUUCACAUAGAGGGUGGUGUGUGUAAUAUGAAGUAAUUGAGGAAGGUACAAUACUAAUAACUAAGAAGCCCCAUAUCCCCAGGAGCAGCAGAAUAAAUCUCUCUCAAGCAUUGACAUUGCUCCGAAGGUAUGGUACCCAGAACUGAGUGCAGUGUUCUACUGAGGCUAUUGAUUGAAUGCCAGUUUGAGAAUGGGGCCCCAUUAAUGACAAUAUUCUUGAGAUGUGUGAAAAUCGCGUGGUGAGACAAGUCCAAGCAGUAAAAAUUGUAUUUUCUAGUCAUUCAUGGGAUUGUUGUGCUUGUAAGUGUCUGAUAUCUGUUUUGUGGAGGGAGAGGGGUAUAUUGGAAAACGAGGGACAACGGGAUGGAGUGUCAUGCAGUGGGAGCGAGGUGUGGAUGGACGAGGAAGAGCAGAGGGAUGGAGUGUGUCCUGUGGAGAGAGGGAGUGUGUGGAUGGACGAGGAAGAGCAGAGGGAUGGAGUGUGUCCUGUGGAGAGAGGGAGUGUGUGGGUGGAUGGGGAACAGCAGAGGGAUGGAGUGAGUCAUGCGGAGUGGGAGGUGUGGAUGGAUGAGGAAGAGCAGAGGGAGGGAAUGUGUCAUGCGGAGUGGGAGGUGUGGAUGGACGAGGAAGAGCAGAGGGAUGGAGUGUGUCCUGUGGAGAGAGGGAGUGUGUGGGUGGACGAGGAAGAGCAGAGGGAUGGAGUGUGUCCUGUGGAGAGAGGGAGUGUGUGGGUGGAUGAGGAAGAGCAGAGGGAUGGAGUGAGUCAUGCGGAGUGGGAGGUGUGGGUGGACGAGGAAGAGCAGAGGGAUGGAGUGUGUCCUGUGGAGAGAGGGAGUGUGUGGAUGGAUGGGGAAGAGCAGAGGGAUGGAGUGAGUCAUGCGGAGUGGGAGGUAUGGAUGGACGAGGAAGAGCAGAGGGAUGGAGUGUGUCCUUUGGAAGGAGGGUGUGUGUGGAUUGAUGUGGAAGAGCGGUGGGAGGGAUUGUGUCCUGUGGAGUGGGAGGUGUGGAUGGACAUGGAAGAGCAGAGGGAUGGAGUGUGUCCUGUGGAGAGAGGGAGUGUGUGGGUGGAUGAGGAAGAGCAGAGGGAUGGAGUGAGUCAUGCGGAGUGGGUGGUGUGGAUGGACGAGGAAGAGCAGAGGGAGGGAAUGUGUCCUGUGGGGAGAGGGAGUGUGUGGGUGGAUGAGGAAGAGCAGAGGGAUGGAGUGAGUCAUGCGGAGUGGGAGGUAUGGAUGGACGAGGAAGAGCAGAGGGAUGGAGUGUGUCCUGUGGAGAGAGGGAGUGUGUGGGUGGAUGAGGAAGAGCAGAGGGAUGGAGUGUGUCCUGUGGAGAGAGGGAGUGUGUGGAUGGAUGGGGAAGAGCAGAGGGAUGGAGUGAGUCAUGCGGAGUGGGAGGUAUGGAUGGACGAGGAAGAGCAGAGGGAUGGAGUGUGUCCUUUGGAAGGAGGGUGUGUGUGGAUUGAUGUGGAAGAGCGGUGGGAUGGAGUGUGUCCUGUGGAGAGAGGGAGUGUGUGGAUGGAUGGGGAAGAGCAGAGGGAUGGAGUGAGUCAUGCGGAGUGGGAGGUAUGGAUGGACGAGGAAGAGCAGAGGGAUGGAGUGUGUCCUUUGGAAGGAGGGUGUGUGUGGAUUGAUGUGGAAGAGCGGUGGGAGGGAUUGUGUCCUGUGGAGUGGACAUGGAAGAGCAGAGGGAUGGAAGGUGUCCUGUGGAGAGAGGGGGUGUUUCCUUUGGAGGGAGGGCGUGUGUGGAUGGAUGGGGAAGAGGAGAGGGAGGGGGAGUGUAGAUUGAUGUGGAAGAGCAGAGGGAGGGAUUGUUCUUGAAAUUUAAUCUGUGUAAAUUUAAACCAUGCUUGAGGGCAAAAUCAUGCUUUUGUGCAGUUUCCUAAAGCUGUUGAAAUAUUUAAGGUGUAUGCUUUUCCAGGAAAUUUUAAAAUUGUUUUGCUUCUGGCUCAAGGAGUUUUGGUUUGCUAAAUGCAUUGGACCACAGUUUUCAUCUGCCUCUCGCAGAAUGACUUAUCUUUGUUCAAGUUGUGAUCCUAUGGAGCUCCAUUUUGUCUUAUUCCAGAAGAGAAAGCCUCAAUGGUUGGGGUGGGUCUGGGAGUCAAAUAGUGUGUAAAGUGCGUGGGCUGCUCUCAAGUUACACCAUUUACGUGGCUCCUGCUGCCCUGAACUUUGUUGUCAGGCAGGUCUGACUGAAGGCCCAAUAAAUUAACACUUUCCCAACUGAGUGUCUUGUACAGAGACAUAUAUUGCAGCCCAGGGCACUCAGCUCAGCAGCAACAUGUUGUGUUUAACUUUCUUGUAAUAUUGUAAAUAUAAAGUUUGAUUAAGCACUCUUUGAUGUUUACAUAAUGCAUCGUGGGACUGGAAGAUUACAAAUGUCCCUCCACUCUUUAAGAAGUAAAAGAAAGGAAAUUAUAGGCCAAUUAGCCUAACCUCAGUGGUUGGGAAUUUGUGGAGUCAAUAAUUAUGGAUGAGGUUUCGGGGUACUCGCAGACUAAUGAUAAAAUAAGUCAAAGUCAGCAUAGUUUCUGUAAAGGGAAGUCUUGCCCAACAAAUCUGUUAGAGUUCUUCGAAGAAGUAACAAGCAGGGUGGACAAAGGAGAGGCAGAUGAUGUCAUUUACUUGGGUUUUCAGAAGGCAUUUGGUAAGGUGUCACACAUGAGGCUGCUUGUUUCAUAUUCUGCAUGGAGGUCGGUGACCAGUGGUGUUCCACAGGGAUCUGUUCUGGGACCCCUCCUCUUUGUGAUGUUUUAUAAAGGACCUGAUGAGGAAAUAGAAGGGUGGGUUAGUAAGUUUGCUAAGACACAAAAGUCAGGGGUGUUGUGGAUCGUCUGGAGGGUUGUCAGAGGUUACAGCGGGACAUUGAUAGUUUGCAGAAUUGGGCUGAGAAGUGACAGCUGGAAUUCAAUCCAGAUAAGAGUGAAGGUGUUCAUUUCAGUAGGUCAAAUUUGAAGACAAUACAAUAUUGGCAGUGUGGAGGAUCAGCGAUAUUUUGGGGUCCAUGUCCAUAAGCUGCUGUACAGGUUGACAGUGUUGUUAAGAAGGUGUAUGGUGUGAUGACCUUCAUCAGUCUUGGGAUUGAGUUCAAGAGCUGUGAGGUAAUGUUAUAGCUAUAUAAGACCAUACUUGGACCCCACUUGGAGUACUGUGUUCAGUUCUGGUCACUUCGCUACAGGAAGUAUGUGGAAACUAUAGAAAGGGUGCAGAGGAGAAUUAUAAGGAUGUUGCCUGGAUUUGAGAGCCUGCCUUAUGAGAAUAGACUUAUGAGAAUAGAUAGAGUGAACUUGGCCUUAUCUCCUUGGAGUGACGGAGGAUGAGAAGUGACCUGAAUUGUGUGAAUUUGCAUGGAAAUAGGUACAAGGGGGAUGUCAGAGGUAAGUUUUUCACACAGAGAGUAGUGGGUGCAUGGAAUGCACUGCCAGAGAUGAUGGUGGAGGCGGAUACAAUAGGGUCUUUUAAGAGACUCUUAGCACAUGGAGCUUAGAAAAAUAGAGGACUAUGCGGUAGAGGAAUUCUAGACAGUUUCUAGAGUAAGUUACAUGGUCAGCACAGCAUUGUGGGCUGAAGGGCCUGUAAUGUGCUGUAGAUUUCUAUGUUCUGCAUUUCUCUCCUCCCCCACCCCUCUCUUCUCUCUGCUGUGGCAUACUUUGGGUCUUGGUCCAAUUUUCGGGUAAGGGUGAUGAUAAACACAGCUGUCUGUAAUGCUCUUCAAAGUUUAAACAAAAUGGUCCAAUUUGUUGUGAAUUUCAUGGCCUUUAAUGGUUACCUUUUAUUAAUUCCUUGCGAAGUAUUAAUUUUGGUGGCCAUUCAGAACUUUUACCUUUAUUUAUGGCAGUGUUAGAGACAAUCUGAGUAUAUAGUUGGAGGGGGAUUAUGGGAAUGGUGAAGAGUCUGCCAUGGACAUUGAUGGGAUGUCCAUUUAGGAGGAGGGAUUUCUUUAGUCAAAGGGUGAUGAAUUUGUGGAAUUCAUAUACCACAGACAGCUUUAGAGGCCAAGGCAUUGGGUAUAUUUAAAGUGGAGGUCGAUAGGUUCUUGAUUAGUCAGGGCAUUAAAGAUGACGAGGAGAAGUCUGGAGAAUGGGAUUGAGAGGGAAAGUAAAUCAGCCAUGAUGGAAUGGUGAAGCUAACUCGAUAGGCCAAAUGGCCUAGUUCUGCUUCUAUCUCUUAUGAUCCAGCUCGAUUAAUUUUGAAGGGUUGUCUAAAACACUGGCCAGUAAGCCAGUAAAGCAUUUACAGUGAAGUUUCCAAAUGAAAACAUCCUGGAAUAGUCAUGGAAAUUUGGGGAAAGUUCAAAGUAAAAUUUAUUAUCCCAGAGUACAUACAUGUCAGCACGUAUAACCCUGAGACAAGUGUUUGUCAUUCACUCAUGGUGACCCUGUGGAUAGUGUAGUUGUCCACAGGGUUUUUGUGGCAAGGUAACGGAAGGAGAUUGCCAGGCCUUUCUUCCGCACAGUUACUGCUGCUGCCGAGGUUGGGAUCCGACUGGAUUCAGACUUGGGACCAUCCGGUGCUGAAGCCACUACACCGUCGGCCAGCCACAUAAUUGUUAACAGGUAGUGAACUUUCAGUGGAAUAGAACGUGCAAGUCAAAGGAAAUUUAUUAUCACACUUCACAUAUGUCACCAUAGAGUAUCCUGAGAUUCAUUUUCUUGCAGGCAUUUAAAGGAAAAUAGAAUGAAUGAAAAACCAUACGUAAAGAUUGACAAACAGCUAGCAUUCAAAAGAAGACAAAUGGUGUAAAUAAAAAAUAACUAAUACUGAGAACUUGAGUUGUAGAGUCCUUGAAAGUGAGGCCAUAGAAGUGGAAUUAUUUCAGUGUUGAGGUGAGUGAACUUAUCCCCUCUGGUUCAAGAGCCUGAAGGAUGAGGGGUAAUAACUGUUUCUGAACCUGGUGGUGUGAGACCCAAGGCUUCUGUACCUUCUUCCUGAUGGCAGCAGUGAGAAGAGAGCAUGGUCUGGAUGGUGGGGGUCCCUGAUGAUGGAUGCUGCUUUCUUGUGACUCUGCUCAAUGCACAGUAGAUGUGUUCGGAGUCAGGGAGGGCUUUUCCUGUGAUGGACUGGGCUGAAUGCACCACUUUCCUUGUUUUCCCAUUGCUGGGCAUUGGUAUUUCUACACUAGGCUGUGAUGCAACCAGUCAGGAUACUAUCCACUGUGCAUCUAUGGAAGUUUGUAAAAGUUUUGGGUGACAUGCCAAACCUAGGCAGACUUCUCUGAAAGUAGAAAACUCCUGAUUAAAGUGUCUGCCAAAAUGCUGACUGUUUAUUCACCUCAAUGAAUGCUGCCUGACCUAAAUUCCUCCAGAAUUUUGUGCCCGUUGAAAACAGAACAUCUUAAGGA